CACUCAACACCAAGCUGCUAUCCUAGGUAAAUUAACAGUCCAUAAAAGCUUAUAUAGAUUAAUAGAUACUAGAAGUUGGUUGGAGUUAAACUCUCUAUUUUCUAUUUAAAAGACUUGGGACUUCUUUUAGUUGCAACAUCCAAAAUUUUAUGAGCUCUUUUAGAUCAAUUGUUAAUUCUACUAGUUAACGGAAAAACUUUAAGUACAUAAAUGACAUAGACUCUCCAUUGUUUGAGAUAUAAGUGACAACUUCAUUAAAUUUUGAUAUUGAAUUAUUGAUAGUGGUAAUAUCUUUUUUUUUAAAUCAUCACAUGUUUGAUAAUUUUAGGAUGAGACAAACAAAUUGAACGGUGUCAAUUCCUCUCGCCAACCUCUAAUACAACUGCUUUACUCUCACAAAAGUUAGGGGUGUGCAACGGUUCGGUUCGGUCCGGACCGGACCAAACUCAUGAGAACAGCGGUCCAUUAGUGAAAGACAUGUUAGGACCAAGGACCGGACCAUUCUUGCAUUCGGUCCAUUUGGUCCGGUCCAAAUAUGAGCUCGGUCCACCAUUUCUUCAGUAAUUAUAAAAUUCAUUAGGACCAAGGACCGGACCGUAUUUUACUCGGUCUGGUCCGGUCCGGUCUUAACAACGGUUUGGUCCGGUGUGGUCCGGUACGGACCGGACCAUUGCACACCCCUAACAAAAGUUACCACGAGACUUAAUUGUCGAGAUUCUUGCUGCUAAGCAAGAUGAUGUGGAUUGAGCACUUCUACUAUGCUAUAUAGCAUUGGUGCUUUAAUGUACAACUCAAAGUUGUACCAUAACAUUAAAUGUAUAAGUUUAGGUUGUACCAUAAAGCAAUUUAUACUAUUAUGUUAUGGUACAACUUUACAACUUGAAGUUGUACAAUCACAUAAAGGUACAAGUUCAAGUUGUACCAUAAAAGAAUUUGUACAAAAUGUAUAGGUACAAUCUAAAGUUGUACCAUAACGUAAAUGUACAAUUUUAAGUUGUACCAUAAAGACAAAAACCUAUAGCACCAAUACUAUAUAGCAUUGUAAAAUUUCUCGACGUGGAUUAUGUCGGAAUAAUUACCACAUCCCCAAAAGGAAGUUUGAUAUUAUAUAUCACAAUGAUUAGUAUUGAAGUGAUACUUAAGCUAGCUACCUACCUAUGUGAAAGUAACCGUCUUUAUAUUAGGCUCCAUAUUAUGUUUAUAUAACUAAACAGAUAAAAGUGGAUUUGAUCCAAAUUAUGUUUACUUAACCUCAGUAUCAUUGUUCACAAACUACUGCUACUUUUCUCUUUUCAUCAUUGAUGAAUAAAUAAAUAAAAAAUCAUGUGCACUUAAGAGCAUCCACAUUGGUAUUGCAUUCUCAAUUGCAAAAUGACAUGACACAGGUGUUUGCAAUUGCAAAACCAAUUGCAUUGAUGUGACUACCAAUUGCAUAUUUGCAAGCUUGCAACAAAGACAAUUCCAUAUGCAAGUAAAAAAACCCCUAUUAUUUUCUUUUCUCUUUUACUUAUUUUUCUAUAAUUUAAACAUGAUAUUUAAAUUACAUUUGCAAUUGCAAGUUAAUUGCAUUAUGUAGGUUAAUGAAAUGAAUGUGAUGUUGAUUGCAAAAAAAUUGAGUUGACAAUAAAAACACAAAUGCAAUUUAUUUUGCAAUUGCAUUGAUGGAGAUGCUCUAACUUAAGCCACUGAAUUGUAUUAGCCUAACCAUUCUCCUAGACGUCAUUUGCUAGAGUCAUUUGAUACCAAUGACCCGCCCCAACCUACUUCCCCCUCAAAUUCGUAGCCCGAAUCGCUGGGAACGGAUCAGGUCAAUAACCUUAUGGUGAGUAACAAUGAGUAACCAGCCCAUAUCAGAAUGACAUCAGCAUCCCUCUCUCUACUGGAAAGCCUCUAAUUUUCCCCUUCAUAAUCUUUGAUGGACAAUUUCUCACUCGUUUUAAGUCAAAAUUUAAUUUUUUUUGCACAGUUAAAUUAGAUUAAUUGUGCUAUUCAAAAUGAUAUCCACUUUGAUAUAUUUUUUGAACAAAAAAAAUUGAGCCAUUUUUUACCGGUCUAUACCAUAUGGUAUUGACUAGUAUGGAAAUAAGAGCAUACCUAUGCUUUGAAAAGCGUACCAUGGUGGUAUAAACAAACCAAGACUGUAGGAUGGUUGAAUACAUGAUACUAGAAGUAUAUUAACUGUCAUUUACGACUUUUAUCAUUGUGUACCACAAGAUACCACCCCCGUACCAGGGUGGUAUUGUAUGGUAUUUUUUGGUCCUGUAAUUUGUUUACUCAAAAAUUUGUAGAUCCAAUAGAUCAUGAUGAACUCGUUCAUUCUGUGCAAACGUUUUCAAAAACGAAUUAAAAGCGAAGAAAAUACCAUAUGGUAUGUAGUUGGUACCGAGAGGCCAGAAUUAUUUUUUAACAAAAAAUAUUGAAAAUUGAUCUCAUUUUGUAGAGUACGAUGAACUCGUUCCAUCUGUGGAAAAAAAAAAAAUAAUCCGAGUUAAAAUGAAAAAGAUAUGAGCUUAUUAAGAAAGCUAGUAAAAAUAAAAAAUGAUCUUUAAUUUUCUAUCUUUAGAUCUGUAUUUUCUAAAUAAAAGAUCCAAAUUUGAUUAUUAAUGGGUGCAUAACUCAUGCACCCUAUCUUGAGCUUGAGCUUGAACCGCUUCAAAUCUCCACCCGCUACGAGCGAUACAGCAAUAGCUUCGUACUCGCACCUUUGUUCGUCUUCUCCAAAGUCCAAAAUCCCCCCUCCCCAAAAAUUCCUCCCUUUAUCGCCAUUCCCUCUUUCUGUAAAUUAUUAUCAGCACUCACAGUGAACCCAUUCCAAUCGAUAUCUGCGUAAGUACCUCUAUGUUUCUUCUCUCUCAUUUUCCUUUUCUCGCUUCCUCUAUUUCGUUUGUUCAUCUUCCGUAAUCCCAUAGAAAUUUUUUUCCGAUCAUCCAUUGUUUCCGGAUCGAAUUAAAAUAUAUACGAAAAUGGGUUGCACUGUGAGAGAUAAACACGUUCGAGGCAACCGUCGAGCUCGAUCGUCGUCUUCGACGACGACGAAGCCCGACGCAUCUUCGCUCUACAAGUCCUUACUCGAAUCGGGUCUGAAACCCUUGACGGCUUAUCAUCUGGGUCUUCAAGAUCCGACCCAGAGUACCGACGAUGACGAGAGCAACGACAAUGGGUGGGGAUACUGCACGGAGGACCAAUUGGAGGAGAUUCUGUUGAAGCACCUGGAGUUUCUUUACAAGGAGGCCAUUUCCCAGCUCUCUACAAUGGGUUACAAUGAGGAGACUGCUCUGAAAGCGGUUCUGCGAAAUGGGCACUGCUAUGGUGGGAUGGAUGUAGUGACCAAUAUAUUGCAUAACUCGCUGGCUUAUUUGAAUAGCGACUCUGGUGGUAGUGGUGGUGGUGGGGGGAGUGGGAGUAGGAAUGGGAGUUCGGAAGAUUCCGAGCCUGUUUUCAAUGAUUUGAGGCAAUUGGAAGAGUAUUCCCUUGCUGGUAUGAUUUGUUUGCUGCAGCAAGUUAGGCCGCAUUUGAGUAAAGGCGAUGCUAUGUGGUGUUUGUUGAUGAGUGAGCUUCAUGUGGGUAGAGCCAAUACUAUUGAAGUUCCCGUGCCUAAUUUGUCAGAAAAUGGCAAUGGUGGUGCUGGGCAGUGUAGUUUGGAGAGUGGUGUGGUGGCACCAGCACUCUGUAGGUUUCAUGGUGGGUGGGGGUUUCCUAAUGGUGGAGGAGGAGGGGAAGGGCCGGAAUUUGGUUUUUUCUCAUAUAGUGGUGAAAUGACAUUGCAGAGAGAUAUAGAAUGUCCAAAAAGAUUCAAUCUUUCACCUUCAAUGAAGUCUUUGCUGAAGAGGAAUGUCACAAUGUUUGCUGCAGGUUUUAGGGCCAGUUCGAAACAGACAGACGAACAGCCUCAAAUGCAACCUCAAUCCCAGGCUUCUGUGAGUGGUUUACCAGCUGUACACAUCGUCCCAGUUGGCAAGGGAGGUGAUGUUGCAGUUUUUAAGGGUGAGGAGGAGUCAAAGAGUUUGAAAGGCCAAGAUGAAGUAAGCUCGGUGUUAAGUAAGUUUCGUGAUCUGAACAUAGAUGAGAGUUUGGAGCUUACAGCAGACGAGCAAAAGGACGAUAUGAUAGUGGCUCUACUUCAUCAGAUUAAGGACCUGGAGAAGCAAGUAAAAGACCGAAAGGAGUGGGCACAUCAGAAGGCGAUGCAAGCUGCUAGAAAGCUGACCAAUGAUUUGACAGAGCUUAAAAUGUUGAGGAUGGAGAAGGAGGAGAACCAACGGUUGAAGAAAGGGAAACAAACGCUCGAGGACUCGACAAUGAAGAGAUUGUCGGAGAUGGAGAAUGCCUUGAGGAAGGCCAGUGGUCAAGUUGACAGGGCAAACGCAGCUGUGAGGCGGCUUGAGACUGAGAAUGCAGAGAUAAGAGCCGAGAUGGAGGCCUCUAAGUUAAGUGCUUCUGAGUCUGUUACGACGUGUUUGGAAGCUGCAAAGAGGGAGAAGAAGUGUUUGAAGAGACUUCUGGCUUGGGAGAAGCAGAAAGCUAAGCUGCAGGAUGAGAUUGCUGACGAGAGAGAGAAGAUCAAGGAGUUGCAGAGGAGUCUGAGUUUAGUUGAACAGGCACAGAAAGAUGCUGAGAUGAAGUGGCGUCGGGAAGUGAAGGCGAAAGAGCAAGCUUUAUCCCAGGUGGAGGAGGAGAGACGCUCCAAGGAAGCUGCAGAGGCCAACAACAAAAGGAAGCUCGAGGCUCUCCGUCUCAAGAUCGAGAUCGACAUCCAGCGCCACAAGGACGACCUCCAACGACUCGAGCAGGAACUCUCGCGCCUGAAAUCAUCCUCCGUGGAACCCAACGACACUCUACCUUUAGGAAAGCCCCCUGCAGAGAAGAUCAGGACUCAGGGAGAACAACAAACCAUUGCCAAGCUGCUUCAUGAGCUGGAGAAGCUGGAGGAUUCUUCUCAAAAGGGAGGAAGCUCUGAUCGAAAAUGCAUGAUCUGCAUGAAAGACGAGGUAUCCGUGGUGUUCUUGCCAUGUGCUCACCAGGUUAUGUGUUCUGGGUGCAGUGAUAGCUACGGGAAGAAGGGUGGGAGGGCUACUUGUCCUUGCUGCCGCGUUACGAUUGAGCAAAGGAUUCGUGUGUUUGGAGCAAGUUCAUAGGGAUCAUUUAUUUAGUAUAUAUUGUCACCAUAAUAAUAAUAAUAGUAUUAUUAUUUAGUGGGGAGAAUAAGAGAAAACCGGAGGGUUAAUGACAGAAAUAUUGUUUUUUUUUUAAUUUACCACUAAUAUGGCCAGUUAAAAACUAUUGACAAAGAUAUUGUGUUUUAGAGAUAAGAAUCGGCGGGGACACCUGAGACUCAGGCGCUGCCGCUUUAGCUUGGUUUUUGGACCGUUUUAUUUAGUUGGCAGAGGCGGCGCUCAAGACUCAGGCGGUGGCGCCCGAGACUGAGGCGAGUAGGUGGGAAAUCAAUCCCAGGCGGUGGC